AUGGCAAGGACAAAAGAGGUCAGACCCAGCAAAAGCCAAGAGAACAAAGUCGCAGCACCAGCCGCAUCAGAUCCAGACCCAGAACAAGAGCCAGAUACAAGCGAAAUGUCAGGCAUACCCUCAAACUUAGAUCCAGAGUUGAAUGACGACGAUUUCAAUUUCUUUGAUGAAGAGGAUGUAGCAGAAGCGCAGGAAGAUGAGGCAAUGGUCGCAGAGGACGAUGUCGAAGAGGUACCGGAGCAAGCCGUCGACGAUAUGGAAAUUGACCAGGACGAUGACGACGGAGAGACCAAACGAGACCUACUCGACGAGAUCAAGAAGAACUGGAACAUCUCAAGCCUAAGGAGUAUAAUGGAGCCCGGGUACGACGAGAAGGAGAAGAAACCGCUCAAAGAUACGUGGCUCUCCGGCAAGACCAAUAUCCCAGACAAAGAUUGGGAUACAAACACCCUCCGCCUUUUCCGAGACCUAUCCCGGUUAACGCGAAACGACUUCGACGAUGCGAAGUCAAGGCUAGCCAAGACGCUCCGUUACAGAAAGCACGAUGAGCACGGAAAAAGAACAGGAUCACAGAGGGUCAUAAAAGAGCCCCGGUUGCGCAAUGAUCUUAGGACGGUUAUCUCGGCCUUGCAUACGAAGAAACGGAAAGAACGAGAUGAGAAGGAUGGAGAGUCGAGUAGACCCAGGAAGAAGAAGAAAGCGGAUACUGAUGAGUCUUCCGACGUGGAUCUCGACGACGACUUGUAUAAGUCGGAAGAAGAGAUUAGCUUCGAGGAGUAUCAGAAGAGGAUGGCAAAGAAGAAGGGCAGCAGCAAGAAACCAGGCGACAAAAGUGCAACUCGUUCAGGAUCACGACAAGAUAGCGAAGACGAGUCUAGCUCAGGCCCCGACGAGGUACCCGCAACUGACCCAGGCACGAGGAAAAACGCAGAAGCCGGUGUGAAAGUGAAGAAGAACCCAGCUCCACCGAAGAAGAAUGCACAGGCAAAAGCAAAGGCUGCUGAGGCUGAAGACGUCGACAACGGAAGUCCGGCGAAAGAGCCUCCUCCGGUCACCAUAAUACAAAACGAAGAGGAGAGAAACGCCGCACUCGAAUAUAUCUACAUCAUCUGGGACACCGCCUCGCUUCUGCAUGUCCUGCCUGACGCUUUGCAACCAGUAGGAGCGACCAAGGAUCAAGACCUGGCUUAUGAGAUCGUCGCGGCUCUGCGCAAUCUCUCCAAUGUUAUACGUACGCCAGAUGUACUUGCUGCCUUCAGACAAGACCUAGAAGUGCAGGUGGUGGGAGAUACUUCAUACACUAACGAAGACAUUGUGGCCCACAUUGCGAGGGUUGGCGAGCCUUAUUAUCAUGCAGGGCGAGCAGCUGGCGAGAUUCCAAGGCAAUCAGCUAUUCAGAGCGCUGCUGGCCAGCCGCAGACAGAGGGACCAACUACACGCAGGUCGCCGCGCAACCACAACACUUCCGCAAUCCCUCCCGCGGGUGGUCAGCAAGCUGCUGCUGCUCCAGCCUUAGAUUUAUUAGCAGCAGCAGCGGCUGGCAGACUUAGAGCGAUUGUGACAACACCGCAGCCUCCACGGGCAAGAAACACCAAUGUUAUCCCCAGAGCACCCCAGCCUGCACCAGGAGCAUCAACAGCUACCCAAGACCAAAAGGUGGCCAGAUCCAACAACAGGAACGAAGGUACAGCGAAACAGCCUGAGCAGCUCACCAUGCAGGAAGAAGCUAGUUCCAGGGACGUUCCUGGGAAGUCAUCAAGCGCGAACAACACGCAAGGCCAAGUUCAACCACCGCAACCUCCACCACAGCCUGCUGAGCAGCAACCCCCGCGUCGCACUGCCGCCAUACGAAACAAUGACACAACAUUCAAAUUGGUCUCAGCUCUAGACGCAGUGCGCAACAGCGAGGCGAACGUUAGAGUUGCGCAGAUCCAGCGUGACAUUGCUGCGCUUCGUGGGCAACCCGCACUCGACAUAGCAGAAGCCUACCUUGAAGUCGCGUUAAGAGAACAAGAGCGCGCGACGGCUCAAGCGAGGGCGAAUAGUGUCCAGGGAAAUAGAGAGGCGAUGCAGGGGCGAACGGACGCUGUCAGGCAGCGCGAGGAAGAGCUCCGGCGGAUACGUCGGGGAGAUGUCGGAGAUACGGGGGAAGAGGGGGAGUCACGGCCAGCAGCGAAGAGGCGAAGGAGUGCAUAG